UAUACAUCAUUUCUUGUUUACUUGAACAAAUUCACAUUAAUUACGCUUUGUUAAUAUAUAUGAUGAAAACUCUUCUUAAAGGAACACAUUUCCUUGGAGAUCUUCUUUAAGCAAUCAACACUCUUUAGUAACUCAAAACUAUCUCGUACACGUAAACUAAACACAAACAUAUUAAUUACAAAUUCAUAUCAUACGUUAGUCAUUCAUCCGAUCUUAUAUAUAAACAACCGUUUCCAUAUGCUUCUUUCCCACAAAAACUCAAAACUCUUCUAUAAAACAGAUUCAAAACUCAGAAGGAAAAAGAAAUGGCGAAAUCAAAUGCUUACCUCAUCUCCAUACUUAUCAUUAUAUCUUCACUCUCUUCCCCGUCCCAGGGCCUUACAAUCGCUGGCUACACCAUUAACCAAGUCAUAAUUGACGAUGUAGUGUACUGUAGAUUCAACGGAACGCCUAACCCUGUCUCGAAUGCCACUGUAUACCUAACAUGUGGCGGCUCAACCACCAGACUCGUUGAAGUACUGACGGAUACAUACGGUGCAUUUCGAAUAGUGCUCAACGUCUUACAAACAGUUUUGCUUAGCUCUAAUACAUGCGGUCUUGGAGUUAAUAUUCCAGAGGGAUAUUGUGCUCUUGUCGCACCCGAAAACGUCCUCUACGCCCGACUAAUGAUGCUCAACAUCGUCAGGAACGGUGGUCGACGGCAACGGCUAGCUUCACGCACACACGCUCCUAAUUUUGCAUGUGCCAAACUCGGAGCCUGCGCUUACACCUUUCUCUAAUAUACUCACAUUUGGCUGCUCCAUGCAUGGGACACACUAUAAAGUCUUUUUACUGAUACAAAAAUAGUAGUCAAAUAUUUAUUCAAACAAAUUACGUUCUUUUACUAUUCUUAAAGACUGAUAGUAUUAGUUUCAUAUACUAUAAAUUUAUAGUGUUGGUGGUAUAGAUGAUUGAGAUGAUAAGAAAGCAAAGCUUGAUAUAACACACCAGGCAUGUCUGUUCAAUGUAUGACAUCUCUUUUAGCAACACUUUUCUUCAAUCAUACUGGAAUUGUUAUAACUUUUCUGGUGUCAUUCAUGUGAUUAAUUAUCUGAAAUUUUUUUAGUUAUUAUAAAAGAAGUGCUGUUCAAAAAAAAAAAUUAUUAAAAGAAGUUUCUUAUAUCUCAGCAUCCAUGAUUUCAUAUAAUUCAUCACCAUAAAAAUUUACCCUUGAAACAUUAUUAGUUGUGAUUGUGAUUUACGUUCGGAGGAGCUAGACAGCUGUAAACAUAAUGAUUCACUCUUUUCUCUGAGUUGAUCAAUUGAAUAUACAUGUUAACGGCUGGAAAAAUAGAAAGAGGGACAUCAUAGUUCAUAAAGGUGUUCCCUUUUGUAGUUUAUACAGAGAAUGUGGGAUCAUCAUGGAGCCGUACUAAUCACUCUACUACUUUCAAUACGAAUAAAGUAUAAGUAUAGGGUUAAUUAAUUAGAGACUUUCUCUCCUUCAUCUUACUCCUUACUCCUGUCUACUGCAAACUAAGUUUAAUUUGACUAACCGUUAAGAAUCAUAUUUUCUACUUUAAAAUAUAUAUGUAUAUACUAACCGUUAAGGAAUAAGGAUCAUGAACCCCUAGCCUUCACUCGAACCACGUGCCUCACUCGUGACUGAGAAUGGCCGAGCCGAAAGAAAGACUACUGAAGCCACCUGAUUCCAGCGAAAACGGCCCAGUGUCCCACCACCUUAUCUAAUUACCUAAUGUAAAAUGACAAUUUCUAUACAACCAUGUGGAUGAUUUGGUUAUAUGUAGUUAUAGAAAUAUUACUGUAUUUAAUCUGUAUAAUUUUUUAUGUAGUCUGAUGUAUCUGUAGAAAUCAAAUGAAAAAAAAAAUAUUUAUAACAAAUCUUUUUUUCUAUAACUCAGUAAAUACUAUUUUUUCAAGAUAUGUCUUCUACAACAAUUUCUUUACAUUUCUCUAUUUAGUUUUUUUUUUGUCAUCAUAUUUCUCUAUUUAGUUAAAAAAAAUCUAAAUAAAUCAUGGUUGGUAAAUUUUAGGGCUGUAGAAAGUAACUAAAGCUAUAUACAGUAGGUACAUCUCAACCAAACACA